AUGCCUCGACUUCCACCUCUUGAUAAGCUGCCUCUUGCGGCACGCAAGAACCUCCGCGAUGAGUGGCAGAAUAAACUGGCAGACUUUGAGGAACAGCUCUCGAAAGCCAUGGGCGUUGAGUGGAAAAUCGACAUUGACGCCCUAGCUGUAGUGCCUUAUGGCGCUCCGGACUCUUGGUCCCGAGAGAGCCCAGGCUCAAUGAUUGCAAAGUAA